CGUUACGCACCUGAUUCUGCUUGAAAGAUUUCAAGUCGGAGCUAUAGUCUUAUACGCACUAGCAUCAUCCGUAGGUUAAAAUCACACAGUGCGAAGGACAUUGAAUUUCAACGUCAAGAAAUCUCUGUUGAAGCCAAUGCUGCGCAGUUUGCCGCUAACAGACUAUGAUGCAGUCAUCGUGGUGGAAAAAGUCAAAUUUCCUAUUCACAAGAUCAUUCUCAGUAACUGCAGUUCUUACUUUCAAGCUUUUUUCGAGCGCUGGUCUGCCCCCAGGCAGAAGGAGUUCACCAUUAAAGGAAUCUCUGCGACUGCCAUGCAACAAAUUAUCAAAUACGCGUAUACCAACUCAAUUUGCUUGACCCAGCACAACGUCAGGGAUUUACUGCGAGGGUCCGAUUAUGUCAAUAUAUCCAAAAUUACUGCAGCUUGCAUCCAAUAUCUGGAGGAGAUCCUCGAACCCAAGAACUGCAUCAAGAUCUGGCAGUUUUCUAAGACCAUACAUUCUUGCGAUCUCCACCAAAAGAUAUACAAAUAUAUUCUUUGUCACUUUGAGGAGCUUGUCUUCUCAGACGGGUUCACCGAACUCACCGUUCAGGAGCUCAUGGAAAUUCUUGAAAAUGACACUCUGAUUGUACGAGAGGAGAGUACGGUUUUCGAGGCCAUAAGCUUUUGGAUCGCACAUGAACCAAACACACGAAGUGGGCACAUCACCGAUCUGUUGCCAAAGGUUCGCUUAGCCCUGUUAAGUUUGGAAUACAUCUCAGUGAAGGUGCGAGAGAAUAGUUAUGUGAAACGUGACAAUGUUGCAGUGAUGAUGGUGGACAAUGGCAUCAAAAUUAUAAAUCAUUACAGAAGAAAGGGCCGGAGUGUGCCCGGAUCCUGCGAUCUGCUGGCUCGCCCUCGGCUGCCUAGCGGCAUUCUAUUGGCUAUUGGUGGAUGGAGCUGCGGAUUGAAGACAACCUCCAUCGAGGCUUAUGAUCUCCGUGUUGACCGCUGGGUUAACUUGACUAUUAAACUCCAGCACCACCGUGAUUUUUUUGGAGCAGCGUUCCUCAACGGAUAUGUCUACUGCCUUGGUGGGACCAACGGGUUCAGAGAGUAUCUGAAAAGUGUGCAGAGAUACAACAUGGCCACACACACCUGGCAGGAUGUGACGUCGAUGCACUGCCGUCGCUUCUCCUUAUGUGUGACAACACUUAAUGGCUGCAUCUACGCACUGGGUGGCUUCAACGGAGAGAACGUACUCAAAAGUGCAGAGCGCUACACACCGGAAGAAAACGAGUGGAGCCUAAUUUCUUGCAUGCAUCAGUUCAGAAGUCAGGCAAGUUGCACCACACUACACAACAAGAUUUAUGUUUGCGGAGGAUUUAAUGGGAGAAAUCGCCUCAGAUGUGCUGAGCAUUACAAUCCAGAGGCGGACCAGUGGACAUUAAUCAGACCCAUGAUGAGAGUGCGCCGCGGACUCGGAGUCUUCUCCUUUGCGGACCAUGUAUUUGCAGUUGGUGGCCAUGAUGAGGAGACGCUGCGCUGUGUUGAAGCUUUCAAUCCGAAGACAAACACCUGGCACACAAUGUUCCCCAUGAUCAAACCCCGUGUUCUUUUUUCCGUUCACGUUGUUGAAGAUCGGGUGUUUGCCGUUGGGGGAACAGAAGGAUCAAUUUUGUUGGGCCACGCCCCCAUUGAGUACUACGACGCCAAAACUAGGAGAUGGUUGACGGCCUGCCCCAUGAACAAAUCCCGGUGGGGUAUGAGCUGCUGUGUUGUUACUGGAAUUCCCAACAUUAUUGAAUAUAUAGUCCCUCGAGAUUCCCUUCCACCCUUGAAGUUAGGGCCUGGGUGAAGGCAUACUAAAGAGUUUCGAGAAGUCGUAUGAUUGUACUGAACCGUUGUGUUGAACAAAGAGCAUACCACAAAAGCACACUUUCUAUUAUGUAUUGCUUUUUCCAUUUCCUACUUUUUGAGUUUUUUCUUCAUAGCUUCAACAAUUGUAAAUUGUUACAAAUGUAUAGUGUAUUUAUGAUGAGAACAAGCUAAAAAUUU